AUGUACAGCAUUAUGAUGGAGACGGACCUGCAUUCCCCCGUGGUGCCCCAGACCAACCCGUCUAACCCGGGAGGAGGAGGAGGAGUAAGCGGAGGACCUGGAGGCAAAGUCCCCCAGGACAGGAUCAAGAGACCCAUGAACGCAUUCAUGGUGUGGUCCAGGGGCCAGAGGAGGAAAAUGGCUCAGGAGAACCCCAAGAUGCACAACUCUGAGAUCAGCAAGAGGCUGGGAGCGGAGUGGAAGGUGAUGACGGAGGCGGAGAAGAGGCCGUUCAUUGAUGAAGCCAAGCGGCUCCGGGCCAUGCACAUGAAGGAGCACCCGGACUACAAGUACCGGCCCCGGAGGAAGACCAAGACCCUGCUGAAGAAGGACAAGUACUCAUUGGCCGGCGGGCUGCUCGGCUCACCUGUCGGGGUGGGUGGAGGUCAGAGGCUGGUGGAGAGCCCCGGAGGCGGCCACGCAGGAGCCAACGCGGGAUACACCACCCACAUGAACGGAUGGGCGAACGGUGCGUACUCGGGCCAGGUGGCGGCGGCGGCGGCGGCGGCUCACGCGAUGAUGCAGGAGGCUCAGCUGGCGUACACGCAACACCCGGGCACCGGAGCACACCACCACCACCACCACCCACACCCACACCACCACAGCCACAGCCACCACCACCCGCAGCACAGGUACGACAUGACCGCGUUGUCUUACAGCCCGUUAUCAAACUCUCAGAGCUACAUGAGCGCGUCUCCGCCGGGGUACGGAGGCAUCACCGGAUACACGCACCAGCACCAGAGCUCCGGUGUGUCCCCGGUGUCCUCCGGGACGAUCGGAGGGACUUUGGGGUCCCUGGUGAAGUCGGAGCCUAGCGUGAGUCCUCCGGUGUCCACGGCGAGGGGACCGCCGACGUGUCCUACGGGAGACCUACGGGACAUGAUCAGCAUGUACCUGCCCACCGGAGGAGAGGCGGUGGGGGUGGUGGGGGUGGUGGACUCCUCGGUUCACAGCAGACUGCACGUGCUCCACCCGCAGCACUACCAGAGCAGCGGCUCCUCUCCGGUAACCGGGACGGUUCCUCUGACUCAUAUUUAA